GUGACGAGUAAGCGUAAGGACAUCGUGAAUUGAGUUUCGGUUCGAUUUUUUUUUUCCUUUAACUCGUCGUCGCCGUGGACGAAUCGCGUUUUUUCACUAUUUCAGCCGGUCUGAAAUGGCUUUUUUCGGGUUUUCGUAAAUAAAAUCUUUUUUCAUUUUCCAAUUUUGUUCAUUCUCGUGCGCAAAUGUAAAUGUAAUACAAAAAAUGUCAAUUUUUUCAUAAUGAUUCGAAUAAAUAUUAUUCUUAUGCUGUCAACAAUCAUACCUGACUUAGAUUGUUGUUCGAGCUUUACAAUUUUCAAUAGAAAAUCCAUUCAAUUAUAUCCUAAUACUGGCAUUGAGCUUUCACUGCACAAACCAAUACAAUUUCAACAAAGCCAUCACAAUCAUCAUUCGUUUCAUCAACAACAAACCCCACCUUCCCCGCCACCAGCAUUUCCUACACCUCAAAUACCACUUAUAUCACGAGGACAUGGAGAAGUCCAAACUAAUUCCAGGUCCAGGUACAAACAUCUGCCUUCAAAUGAGAAUAAUGACUCCGAGCAAUUAGAAGAAGAAAAGCUAAACAGAUCAUCAAGAUUGUAUUUCAAAGAAGACAAGGCACGAUUAGAUCGGAAAUUAGCAAAUGAUUAUCCUGAAAAUGUUUUCUCAACAAUAGAAACAACAGUACCACCAAUUGAAACUCCAACAACGGAAGAAUCACAAAAACUUCCAGAUGACGAUGCUCAAUAUAAAUUAAUUAAUGAAAUAGUUUCAUUGGAAUGUGUUGACUUUUUGAAAUUGGAAUUUUGUUUAAAUGGUGGAAGAUGUUUCCUUUAUCCAAUUUUAAAUCAUAGUCUGUCGUCGUGUGAAUGUGCUGAGGGCUUUGUAGGAGAACGAUGUGAAGCCAAGAGCUACGAAUUUAUACCCAGGAUACGUCCCCGAUUGGUUCUAGCGAAGACUAGAGGUGGACCAUUGAUUUAUGGAUUAGCUUUCGUGGACAUACUAUUUCUUUUGUUUUUGUUUUGCAAAAAUUAUAAUAGAGACUAAAAAUGUAUGAAUGUUAAAAAAAGUAAUUUAAUAUGCGCAUUCGUUUUAAGACAAGAAAAAUUACCGGUAAUUUUUCAUUUUCGUACUUUUCUUUAAAUGUACUAAUUUAAAAUUUAAUUUUGUAUUUAAAAAACACAACAACGCGUUGUUUUCAAGUAAAUAUUAUGCUUUACCAUAAUCAAAAAUAAGCUUGUUUCAUAUUUUUUUUGUAAAUAAUACGUAUUAAGUAAAAACGUGUGUAAAUAAAAGAACGUCGAACCGGAAACUUUUUCUA